AUGCAAAUUGAUCAUAAACGAGAUGCUUCUCUGACAAUUCACAGGCACUUGUUCAGACCUCUAUUAGCUCUGAUCCUUGCCUGCUCAAUCAUCCAGUACGCCCCAAGUUCAAAGUUCACACCAGUUUUGCAUAUAUGCGCAUCGCAGGAGUCGGAAAGGAAGUGGUGGCUAGUGUUCGCAAGUUCAGUUCAGUCCGGUUUUUUGCCCCCAAAAUGCGCAACCGUGGACCGCAACCGGUCUAGGACCGACCCAGAUAUUGAGGGAACCGAACCGAACCACCUAGGACCGGUCUUUUUCGGUCUAUGGAGCCGGUUCAGACCGAUCCAGACCGGUUUUUUUGCGUAUAAUUUAUUAUACCAAUAUAAACCAUUUGUAUCUUGACUAUUAUUACUCUGAAAAAUAAACGGGUUGUAUGAAAUAGUAAAGCAUGUAAAUACACGUCAUUCUAUCAAUUUUGAAGAGAUUUAAUGAAGAUUUGACAUA